UGACGUCAUAUCACAGGCCUAAUAGUGAAGCAGCGCGUAUCCUUGAGCCAGUAACGUCGGAGCAAGACUUGCUUGCCUAGAAACUGUGUGAGAAUUCCAAUAACGCCCCGCUGGCGUAUCUAGUGUUCCCAUCUAUGGGCUGACAUGUAAACGGGGGCGCUGAGGCUUUUCCCUGCAUUGCUUCCCAAGCUGAUUAAACGAGUCCAUUGAAAGCGCCUGGGAUUUUGUCGUGUGAACGUUGAGCUUAGCAUCCAGCUAGAAGGCCGUUGCAAGCCAGGAGCAGAAUCAAAACAACAACAACAGCAGCAGCAUUAUCAAUGGUGUGUCUACAUCCACGACUCACAUUGUCCUGUGUGUGCUCAAUGAACAGUCUCCGCAGCUCACAUCACAGCUGCUCAUGUAUGGCAGUUGCAAGGCGUGAAGGGGAAUUCUGCCAAGCCCAGCACCUGUUGCUCAUUGUAGACAAGUGAACCACAGAGACCAGAAAGACGCUAACACUGCGAUUCACACAUGCACACACACGGCCAUGGGCUUUUUCAUUUUGGUGCAUCACUACCUAAGAGCAAAACACAGGACUAUUCUGAAGUGGCUUUAUAUAUCAGCCCUGAUCUUAAUCUUCGUGGAAGGAGCUGAACUAUCCUAUCUGAAGAAAGCAUCAUUUAAACCACAGUCAACUGCAGCAGUUUGCUGAUGGAAAAAUUGUCAUGAAAUACCUGCUGGGCCUCCCUACCAUCCUGUUAAACCACAUGAAGAAAACUUUGGGAAAAGCAAAGACAUUUUUUUUUUAAAUUUGUGGUCUCUACCUUAUCUCCACUUGAUUUCCAUACUUAUACUGAAUGGGCCUUCUUAAUUCUUCAGUUAUUUUUCUGUAUGGGCUGACAGUUUUUUUUUUUUUAAAGGAACAUUGGAUUGAUCUUUUUAAAUAUACUGUUUUUUCAGUUUUUACAACUCACCCAUUCAUUCAAAUAUUUUAUCUACCAUUCAUCCUGUGUAGCACAAAACCUUUGCUGUUCUAUAUUAACAAAAACACAUUGCGUGAGAAAAUGAAUCGACUUGCUCCAGUGGAAAUCUCUUACGACUGUUUAAGGUUCCUCAUUACGCACAAUCCCACUAAUGCACAACUUGGAAGAUUUAUAGAGGAUCUAAAGACGUAUGGUGCUAACACCCUGGUAAGGGUGUGUGCUGCUACUUAUGACAAGGGACCAGUGGAACAAGAAGGCAUUCAAGUCCUGGAUAUGCCAUUUGACGAUGGCUCAGCCCCUCCAGAUCAAGUGGUUGAUGACUGGCUGAGUCUUUUGCAGACAAAGUUUCGACAUGACCCUGGCAGCUGUGUGGCUGUACAUUGUGUUGCUGGACUGGGAAGAGCUCCAGUGCUGGUAGCCCUUGCUCUAAUUGAGUGUGGAAUGGAGUAUGAAGAUGCUGUUCAUUUCAUAAGACUGAAGCGACGUGGAGCGUUCAACUCAAAGCAGCUGCUUUUCCUGGAAAACUACAAACCAAAACUGUGCUUACGCUCCAAAGAUGCUAAUGGACAGAGUUGUAUAAUACAGUAGGAAUCUUCCUGCCACUUAUAUCUUCACUGCAGAUUCCCAGCCAUCUUGAUGUUGCCCACAUCUUCAAAAUGGACAACCCCUCGACCUUGGGAAGGAGGAAAUAAAAUCACGGCAAUGUUCUUCUCGACCAGGAACUGCUAGAUUUAUUAGGAACAUUGAACAUCGGUUGUCAACGUUGGACUUUUCCGCUUAAGACUGCUUUCUACCGGGAUGACUCUUGCCAGCAAGUUGAGUUGCAGUGAUUUCAUCAUUACUCUGCUCAUUUCUUGAUGAUCUGACUGACAGGAUAUGCAAUAUAUCUACAGUGAAGAAAAUAAGUAUUUGAACACUUUGCUAUAUUGCAAGUUCUCCCACUUAGUAAUCAUGGAGGGGUCUGAAAUUUUCAUUGUAGGUGCAUGUCCAAUGUGAGAGAGAGAGAAUCUAAAAAUAAAAAUAAAAAAAUCACAAUGUAUGAUUUUUUUUUUUUAAACGAUUUAUUUGUGUGAUACAGCUGCAAAUAAGUACUUGAACACCUGUCUAUCAGCUAGAAUUCUGACCCUCAAAGACCUGGUUAGUCUGCCUUCAAAAGAUAGGUCGUGGCUGGGUCUUUCAACAUGACAAUGACCUGAGGCACACAACAAGGAAAAUCAAGGAGUUGCUCCGUAAGAAGCAAAUGAAGGUUCUGGCGUGGCCUAGCCAGUCUCCAGACCUAAAACCAAUAGAAAAUAUUUGGAGGGAGCUGAAACCCCGUGUUUCUCAGUGAGAGCCCAGGAACCUGUCUGAUCUAGAGAAGAUCUGUGCGGAGGACUGGGCCAAAAUCCCUCCUGCAGUGUGUGCAAACGUGGUGAACAACUACAGGAAACGUUUGACCUCUGUAAAUGCAAGCAAAGCCUACUGUACCAAAUAUUAACAUUGGUUUUCUCAGGUGUUCAAAUACUUAUUUGCAGCUUUAUCACACAAAUAAAUUGUUGGAAAAAAAUCAUACAUUGUGAUUUCUGGAUUUUUCUUUUUAGAUUAUCUCUCUCACAGUGGACAUACACGUACGAUGAAAAUUUCAGACGCCUCCAUGAUUUCGAAAUGGGAGAACUUGCAAUAUAGCAGGGUAUUCAAAUACUUAUUUUCUUCACUGUAUAUAAGAGCACAUGGAGAAAAAAAUAGUUCUAUACUCCAAGUUGUUUUCUUUGAAGCGGAAAACUCAGUUGAUAGUUGGUUUAAAAUAAACCUUUUGUGACACCAAUCCGGAAAGUUUUUUGACACACCUCAUACGGUAUGUGCUAGCGUCUUGUUUUUUUUUUUUUUUUUUUUUUUUUUUUAAUAUAUUUAGUUGCCACUUCACAAUGAAUUCAUGCUAUUUAUGUACUCAAACUAUAAUGACAAAUAUCUGAAAAUACAACCAUUGAAAUACGGUGUUACAUAUUUAUCAUAAUGAUCAUUUAGUGUACAGCAUAGGUUUUUACACGGUAGCCAUCGUAAUGUUUUGCAUGCAGAAUGCAUGCUGGGAUUGAUGUAAAAUGGUUGCUGUUUGCCGGUGUACAUUGAUGCCCUAUCUAUUAUUAAAUGUUAAAGCUGCACACUUAUAAACAAAAAAACUAAAGUAAAAAAUAAAAAAUUGCUUCCCUCUGCUGAGCCAAAGACUGCUGCACACCGAGCGAUGCGGCAAAAUCCUACUGAACUGUCGAGUAAUGUGCAUGGUUUGACAACUGUUUUCAUAUGUGCACGGUCAGUCUGCCACUGGUUUUGUUGGGAUUCAAAAUUUAAACUGCCGACACAUACCAUCGCAGCUUACAACCAAUCAUAAGUGCAGUCUGGGUUUUGAGUGAACAGGGCAGCCAUGCCACCCGGAGCUAUUGCAAUAAAAAAAAAAUACUGUAAACGUGGAUUAACCUGGUUAGUCACAGUGGACUGAUUUUAUUUUGAACACUACUGUACUUUUGCCAUGCAGCAGCCAAAAAGACACGACCGAAAAUGACUAACUCAAGCUUCUUCUUGCCUGUCAUCUUCAUACUCCUCUCCCUUUUCAAUUCUGUUCUUUCCCUGUCCCUUCUCAUCUCUUUGAUCACACUCUGGAAUGAACAGAAAAGACUGAACAGGGUAAAUCACUGCCACCGGCUGCUACUUGUAGCUACUGCUAAAAACGGUGAUGAAACUGGCUGCAACCCCUUUUACUAUGUCACUUCCCAGAAUGCACUGCGAAGCAAACAUCAAUGGCAACCAUGUCAAAAUAAAGUUUUGUAAACGUACAGUAUAUAAAUUUGAAAACUAUUUUCCAAAUGUUUAUUUUGUUAAUUUACUUAACUUGAAAAUCUUAAUAGAUUAUAAGUAAGACCCAACACACACCGCAAUAACCACAAAGCACAAGAUGCAACAUGAAAGAGGACGUACGAUGGGGGGAGAUGAUGAAGGUUUUGGGACUAUUUGGGACUUUUGCGAUUUGGGGUUAACAUAAGUGAUGGAGGCAGUGGGAAAAUUGGCUUUUUCUUUCUUUAUUUCAGUGACAUUAAAUAAGCACCCAUAGGCUUCACGAGGUGGGACUCAAUUUCUGUGAUCCAAGAUUUUGUGUUUUAGAUUAGAACUUGUUUGUUUUUUUCUGCCCCACUCCCUCGUUCCUCAAUUUAGCUCACUUCUUGUUUGGUUUCAUUUCAUUUGACUUCACAUGUGACAGUCAUGAGUCUGGGUUAUCCGCUAUCCCCACGUGUAUGAUCUAUUUUUUUCAUUACUUAAUAUUGUCAGCCCGAAACCACUGUCAUUGGGGCAAUUUACUCAAAUAACACCUUAGACGGCAGUACAAUCUUUUAUUUAAAAGGGAGGGUAAUCUCGUGUUUGUUGUCCAGGAAUGGGAAGAAAUCGAGCAAAUAGCCCAAUUAUCUUUGUGUACCAGGCCCGAGAGAUUUAAUUUUUUUUUUUUAAGUUACUGGUUUUGUUUGACACUUUUUUUUUUCUUCCUCAGAACAAUAAUUUGUACUAACUGAUUCCCUUACAAUGGAAAUGCUACAGUUUUGUGUUAGAGUAACACUAAUCAUUUAAGUAUAACAUUAAUCUUAAGAUAUAUGUAUAUUUGUCAAUUAGAAGAUGUAAACACCUUCUUACGUGAUAUUCCAAGAUUGCCACGAGAAGUGUUUUCAGAAAAUUGUGAUUCUGAUCAUGUCAUGAAUAAAUCAUGUUUUUUGGAACUAAAUUUAAAAAAAAAAAAUAUGGGCAUUUGUUCCAUUCAUUCAUCCACCUUUGCUUAAUGCAGAGCAAAAAUACGUGGUGCGAUGAAGUCAAGCUUACUUUGUCAAGUUUGUGCUCUUCGCUUCUCCGCAUUCAGAUGAAUAUUUUUUGCUUUUUAAUAUGUACUUCCAAUCUUUCCUCUUUGACCUGUGUCCAGGUUGUAGCGCAGAUAGUUCAGCGUGGAUUCCCAAUUUUAAAGCGUAUGUCAGGAGAAAGUGAAAUGUUUCUGUACUAUAUAAUUCAAAUGUAUCUACUAUUUGUCCCGUGUCAUGUCACUUUUUCUUUAUAGAAUACUGUGAUAUUGCGGUGGUUUUCCAGUGGUCGCCAAGUCUAAAUGGGCAAUUGGUUAAAAAUUGACUCUUCAGUACUGUAAGAAAGUAGUAUUGCCGCCUUCCUUAUUUGUAAUUUGCAUGUUUAUCACAUUUAAAAAAAAAUUCCAAUCAAACCAAGUAUGACUAGAUAAUUUUGGAUUUUUUUUUUGUAACAAAAUCAUUUAGAAACUGACAUUAGUACUUCUUUAUUUGUCUUAAGAUAAUCAAAGUAGCAUGGUUUACUUUGAAAUAUUUAAGUAUGAUAAAUGUGCAAAAAUAUCACAUCAGGAUGGACAAAUUUACUUGGCACACAAUAUUUUGUUGAUUGUCGUAGCUGUAAGAAGAAAUUGUGAUCACAAUCAGUCUCAUCUUUGUAGUUUCCUGUCCUUUUUGCUCCAUGCCUCCCCUUGAUGUGUUGCGUCAACGUGGUGUACUGCAUAGAAUUGGCUCUAUGCAAUACUGUUCAUGGUCAGCAAUGUGCAUUGGUCACAGCAUUAAGUUUUGAUAGCUGGGCUGUGUGCAAACAUGUGAUGCAAACACUCUUUGUAAUUGUGCUGAACGGAGGGCACAUCUUUUACCAACAUGCUCAAAUUAUUUUUCAUUUCUGCUACUCUUGUGCAUUGUGUUAGAUGCUAUUAAUAAUGUCUUACUUUUUAUUUGCUGUUCCCUUUGUAUCUAUUCAUACCGAUUUACCUAUUUCACUGUUUCUGUAUGAAAAGCCUGCUGACAUUAAACAUGAUAAGUAGUCUUUUUAUGUACUUGCACACCUAAACACCAGAGGGAAUACCCACCUUAAGAAACUUUAAUAAGACAUUCACAGAAAAAAAAGUUCAUCAUUUGUACCGUCUUACUUCAUACAAUGUUCCUUUGUUAAAUUUGAGGGUUAUACGUUGCAACAAAUACCCGCGUAAUGUGAAAUCUGUGUAGUAUUUUUUUUUUUCAUUUUUGUUUUUUCAUAUUGUUUUUGUUUACAGGAUGUUUUUUUUUUAUUUACAGGCUGGUUUUUCUUUUCAUUUACACUGCAUGUUUUUUUUUUGUUUCCCGGUGUUUUUUGCUGUUGUUUUUUAGUUUUCAAUAUUUUUUUUCCCAUUUCUUAUGUUUUGAGGCUGUUAAACCCCUAAACACACACUUUAUGAAUUUUUCUCAGACAGGCAUUAACAUUUUUGCAUUUCUCUCCUUUAAACACUCAAAAAUUCAAACCUUCAUAGAUAAAAAAGAAACCACACUACUGUAUUGCAGAAUGAAACCAAAGAUAAAAACAUGUUUGAGGCCAAAAAGUUUAUUUUAGAAAUAAAUAUAUGCAUCCAUCCAUUUUCUUCCACUAUAUACUAUAUCGGGUAUCAGCGAUUACCUGUAAAAAGAAAAAUAUAGUUUUCAGAACUCAAUUUAAUUUCACUGAUCACGCUUAUGAGGUUGGACACAAAAAAUUAAUAGUGGCUUAGGCGUGUUUUACAAUUCCUCUGGGUGGGUAGCUGUGCUCUGCUGUAGCAUCUUUUUCCGCUGAAGCACCUUGGUGCAGGUGUCUUUUUGCAAGUGAGAAACAGCUAUGGGUCGUUGCUGGCGCUUUUUUUUUUUUCUUUCUUUUAGACGUAACCCUUUGAAUAUGUUUGAUAACUGUAAUGAAUGAUACAUCAAAGGAUCACAUUCUUGUGCAGUUCGAUCAAGUGAUCAAGGGUUAGUUCCUUCUCGUCUUUCUCAAUGCUUGUCCUCUUCUUCCCCUUCAGCAGUAAUGAGCCGCACUAUGAGCAUCAAACAAUUAUCAGGCAUGUGAUUUGACUGAAUGAAAAAAAGACUGAAAAAUAGCCAGGGAUCUGGGGGCUGCAACCAUGAUCAAAGGAUAAUAACCAAUUUUAAAGUGCAAGUUUUAUAAAUGGUAUUAUGAAUGAAAUAUAUCUAGUACAUCUAUGAAUAAAUGCUAUUAUGUUUUCAAAAUGUAGACAAUAUGAUUGUUCAUUAUUUAGGUGCAUACCUUUACCCCAAAAAUUACAAAUUCAACCAAGUAGACUACUAGAAGUGAAACUAAAUUGAAUUCAGAUUUGCAUCAUGGCAUGCAAGCAUGCUUUCGUAGCGUGUAUAUCGUAUCCAUUCAAAAACUUUUGAAUUCUUCUUUUUAUAAAUGAUUGAAAUGCAUGAAUUUGACAAUUGUUAACAUCGUGUUUCGUUAUCAGUAAAUAAUACAGACAUUUUUGCAAGUAAUUGCUUCUGAACUCUCACCUCGUGUCUGAGCAAACAAACUAAGCCCGUGAGUGCUCCCUUUGAACGCUGUGAGCAACAUCAGACCUAUGCGCUGUGGUCAGAUCAGUGUCAUCCAUUGAAGCUACAUGGCUCAUUAAAGAUUCAGAUUACAGCUUUUACAUUCCCAUCAUAAAAUUUUAAGAAUGAUUUUGUGUUUUUGCAAACCUAAAAUAAAAAUGUCAACAAACAAAAAAAUACAUUGCUAACCAAACCAAGGCGACUAUAAUUUGAAAGGUCGCUUCCAACUUUAUUUCAAUUAUUUUAUUAACCCACAAUGAUAUCCCUGUCUGUUUUUCUUGGUGUAAAACUGAAUUAUUGCUUGCAGAAUAUCUUCAGCAUUGCAUGGUGAAAGCUGAAUGAUGCUCCCAAACAGUUUUAAGGGUAAUGUUAUGUUGCCUCCUCUAUUUAAAAUACAGAAUUAGCUUUUUGUGCACUGUAUUGUCUGUGCUUUCAUCCUCGAUCAGGCUGUGCCAAGGUAGAAUUUUAACAUUAUACAUCCCGUAUUUUCUACGUUAGCUUCUGACCAGACCUUUUUUUUUACUCAAAAAAGAGAAAAUCCCAUUCAGUUUCACCACUAUUUCUACUAUUAUUCACAUACCCCAACAUUCAUUAAAGCAAGAGCACUUUUCUUUUUUAUUUUUACCAUCAUAAUCAAGAUUAAAUGUAAGCAGCAUGUCUAAUUCUCUUUGCUCUACGUUGCCAAGACUGUGUUGCUAACUAAAGCACCUGGUGGUGGACGGUUUGUAAUUAUGAGUGUAGCCCUUUAAAAG